AUGACUUAUUUUGGUGAUAAGGCACCCGAAGUCACCGCAACAGUAACCACCCUAGCGGCUAUCGCAUAUGUGGUUUUUGGAAUGCGCGUAUAUACAAGAAUCCGGAACAGGGCAUGGGGCAUGGAUGACUGGUGUAUGACGGUCGCAACUAUUCCGUUUACUGCGUUAACUGUGUCAUGCCUUGGAGGCUCUUUUAAAGGGGUUGGAGUUCAUGAGUUCAGGUUGUCUGCAGAACAGAAGACCGAAGGUCUCAAGUUCUUCUUUUUCUUCGAGGUUUUCUACUGCGCUGCCAUCAUUCCCAUCAAAUUGAGCAUUUCUUUUAUGCUAGUGCGCAUUGCAUCGGGAAAAAAGAAGUAUAUACACAGUCUGUAUGCGGUCUCUGCCAUGUUUACAGUCAUGAACUUCAUCGCGUUGUUCUAUAUCAUCUUCCAUUGCAGCCCUGUCCAAUACGCAUGGAACACUUCUAUCCCGGGCGGUAGCUGUAACCCUGCUAAAGUACUUGCGGAUAUAUAUUAUGCUACCACGGUGGUGAACAUUACUACGGACUGGUUCUGUGCUAUACUGCCGAUUCCACUUCUCUGGAACGUCCAGCUCAACCGUAAUGCCAAGCUCUCUGUGGGUGUUAUUCUCAGCCUUGGUGCUCUAGCAAGUUUGUCUGCUUGUAUCCGUCUCGUUUAUACGGUCAAUCUGACCCAUUCAACCGAUUUUCUUUCGGCUGCCAAACAGCUUCUCCGGCAACUCGAAGAGGUCAAAUCGGCAGAAGGCCACGACGAACGCGCUCACGGUAGGCCUAGGCCGAGAAGCACAUCCUCGAAGCGGUCGACUUCCAAAUCAGAUUUUCUGGCGAAACUAAAGGCGAUUGCCAAGGAACUGGAUGGACACAUCGCAAAUCUCGAAAGACAAGAGACGCACGAAACGGAAGGACACGAACCGGAGGGACACGAACCAGAGGAACGCGAAGCGGAGACACAAGAGUGGGAGACACACGAGCAGGAUGGCUCAGCGUUACCCAGCCAAGGGCAUGUCGCCGGCUAG